AUGGUACAAGAUAUGUUAUGUUUGUACAGCAAAGUGUUGAACAUGUCCUGCACUGAUGCUGACUCAACAGACACACUCACUUACAGUGUUAGUACACCAUUCUAUUUCCCUGCUUCACCAAACCAAAACAAAAUGGAAUUACAAUCAGUUGUUGACUAUGACUCAGGCACUACAUCCUAUGAUGUGGACGUGACAGUCUCUGAUGGAACCCACACACAGACGGUCAAAGUCCAUGUCCAGCUGCUGCCAGUGAAUGAGUUUACCCCAGCUUUCCCUGCAACACCACUAUCUGUGUCAGUGGCAGAAGGAACUGUGUCAAACCCAAUCACAACUUACACAGCUACAGACAGUGAUGCAAGUCCACACAACAUUGUGUCCUAUAGCAUAGUGUCAGUGACCAACUCAGGAACUUCCUUAUUUGCUGUUGACUCUGCAACAGGGAAGAUAAAUCUAAAGUCAGCUCUGGAUUAUGAAUCUUUACCAACUGGUGAUAAGCAAUAUGUGCUGGUUAUUGUUGCUACUGAUGGUGGAGGUCUGGCGGGUACUGGCACAGUGACAGUGGUAGUGACAGAUGCAAAUGACAAAGCCCCUGUAUGCACACAGUACACCUACUCAUUUAAUAUCAAUGAGGGAAUAGCCUCCCAAACACUGAUCAACAACUUGGGCUGUACUGAUGAAGAUACCCAAACUCCAGUCUACACACUCAACCAAGCUCCAAGUACACAAUUCUCCCUGGCAUCUGGCAAACUAACAUUAGACACUGCCCUGGACUAUGAGAGUGUCACAUCCCACACUUUGACCAUCACAGUAGAAGAUCAUGGCACCCCUGUAAAAACUUCAACUGUCUCUGUGUUUAUCACUGUUGUCAAUAUCAAUGAUGGAGGUCCCACAUUUUCAGCUGUAUCCACUGUCACAGUUAAUGAGACAGUUGCCAUUGGGUCUCUUAUUAUAGCUGUCACAGCUACAGACCCUGAUGGCACAGAUCCCAUCUUUGGAGAUCCACAGUACAGCAUCAUUGGUGGGGACACCAACCAGCAAUUUACUAUUGAUGUCAGCAAUGGCCGGAUCACUACUAGAAAACUUUUGGACUAUGAACUCAUCCAGUCAUACAGUUUGACCAUUCAGGCCAAAGAAAGAGGGGGAGCUAACUCUGCAACAGUAACUGUAUCUGUCCAACUAAAUGAUAUCAACGAUGAGAAGCCAACAUGCAGCCCCAAUCCAUUUUUAAUAACUGUUAUGGAAAACAAGCCAGCAGGUUUUUCAGUCCAGACUUUUGCUUGUUCAGACAGGGAUGCCAGUACUAUCUUAACAUACAGCUUAACAACAGGGGACAGCACUCUUUUUAAAAUGAACUCCAACACUUUAGAACUUAAGUCUAAGCUGGACUUUAGUGCAGCACAGAGCUAUAACCUAGUCAUCACUGCAUCUGACUCAGUUGCCUCCCAUGAUUUACAAAUUACUGGAACUAUUAUUGUAGGCAGUGUUAAUGAUGGGCCUCCUGUAUUUCAAAAUGUUCCCUACCAGGUGAGUACCAGUGAAGCCACCUCUCUGUCAACUGUCAUCCUGCAAGUUACAGCAAUAGAUCCAGACCCUAACACAGAUCUCUAUGGUCAAGUGAAGUACUCAUUCCAACUGACAUACCCACAGUUUUUUAUUGAUCAGGACAAUGGAAAGAUUUCUGUAGUUGAGCAGCUGGACAGAGAAACCACUGCCCUAUACACUCUUGUGGUCAUUGCUUCUGAUGGUGGCACAUCAAGUUCUGGCACAUCAACAGUGAUUGUUACUGUCACUGACAGUAAUGACAACACACCUAAGUUUUCUCAGAGCACGUACAGUGUAUCUCUACCUGAGACCAUCACAACUGGAACCACAGUUCAGACAGUGUCAGCAACAGAUGCUGAUGAUCCUGCCACAGAUUAUGGGAAGUUUUCAUUUGCAUUAUCUGGCAGUUCAAAGUUUACAAUAGACUCAACAACUGGAGUAAUUACAAACAAUGUGGAUCUGACAGCGGACUCUGGGACAACAAAAUACACUCUUCUGGUCACAGCUACAGAUAACAAAGGCUUGGCUGGUGCCCUAACUGGCUCAGCUGUUGUCAUAGUUACUGUUACUGCAGUCAACCAGUAUGACCCAACCUUUGCUUCAUCCACUGUUACACAAGUUGUUAAUGAAAACCAGUAUGCAAUAGGAGAUGUCAUUGUGUUGCUGACAGCAACUGAUGCUGAUAUAGGACAAGAUGGGCAAGUAACUCUCACAUUUGUAAGUCCCCAAACCAAAUUCUACCUGACACAAAAUGGCAAUGUGGCUGAAGUACGUCUGUCACAAAAUUUAGACUUUGACCAAGGGGAUACAUCAUUUGUGUUUUAUGUCAAGGCCACAGAUUCUGGUAGUCCAGCUAGGUCAGCAACAUGUACUGUGACCAUCACUGUUAAUGAUGUGAAUGACAAUGCCCCACUGUGUACCAGCACAAUGGUUGUGCAUGUAACAGAAGGACAGACCAACAUUGCAACACUCAACUGUCAGGAUGAUGAUGCUGGUACAACUCUUGCUUACCAACACAUCAGCACCACUCCAAGCACAAUAUCCCCUACUGUGUCAGCGGGUUUGGUCACAGUGUCAACAGCAUUAGAUUAUGAAACUGGAACACAGUACACAAUAUUAAUAAAGGUGUCUGAUAAUGGAAGUCCAGUAAAGAGUACAACAGUGACCAUAAUUUUAUAUGUCACUGACCUGAAUGACAAUGACCCAACAAUAAAUGGACCAUUCACAUUCACUGUGGCUGAAAACCAAGUAGCCAGCAGCAGUGUCUUGUACACUGUUGAUGCCAAAAGUAAUGAUGGACCAACAGAUGUACUCACCUACUUGCUCUCAGAUACAACUUAUUUCCAGGUUUCUUCAUCUGGUGAAAUAUCACUGAAGACAAAUGCUCCUGAUUAUGAAACUGUUGGUGCCACUUACAACAUGAUCAUCUAUGUCAAAGAUUCAGCCAAUCCUACUGUACGCACAGCAUCUCAGACUCUCACAGUCACCGUAACGGAUGUCAAUGACAUGUGGCCAGUUUUCAACCCAAGGACUUAUUCAGCCUCACCGGCGGAGAGUGUCUCAACAGGAACAGCAGUGACACCUGUAACUGCUACAGAUGGAGACACCACUGCAGCAUACCACACCAUAACAUACACAAUCACCAGUGGUAACACAGGUGCUGUAUGGAGCAUUGACAACACAGGAGCUGUAAAAACUACAGCAGCCUUGGAUUAUGAAACUGUGACCUCAUACAACCUGGUAAUCCAAGCUAGUGAUGGGUCACAUUCUGUCACAGCCAACUAUGUUAUCAGUGUCACACCUGUUAAUGAAUAUGAUCCAGUUUUUUCACCUGCCUCAGAUACAAAGUCAAUCAAUGAAAAUGUGGACUUAGGAACCACUCUUGCUACAGUCUCAGCUACAGACAGUGAUAAAGGGAAUGAUGGUGUUGUUGUUUACAGCAUAGAUACAGGACCCUUUACCAUUGAUUCCUCCACUGGUGUUAUUACUGUGUCUGGUGACUUAAACAGAGAACUACAUACUUCAUACACUCUCACUGUACAGGCUGUAGACAAGGGGACACCAUCCAAAUCUGGCUCACUCAUUCUUACAGUCAAUAUAAAUGAUGUGAAUGACAAUAAACCAUACUGCUCUGCCAGUUUGUACUCUACUUCUAUCCUGGAAUCUUCCACUUCUGGAACAUCUGUGGCCACCUUGGUUUGUCAUGAUGAUGAUCUUGAUCCAGCUAACCUAAACAAUGCUUUAACUUACACAAUUAUAUCAGGCUCAAGCUUGUUUGUUGUGGAUUCUGCUGGAGCCAUCACAGUAAAAUCAGGAGCCACAUUUGACAGAGAAACAUCAGCAUCAGAAACAAUAAUUGUUCAUGUCAUUGACAAGUCUACUUUGUCUAAACUCACUUUCACUGCCACGGUGCUUGUCACUAUUUUAGAUGUUAAUGACAAUGCUCCAACAUUUACAUCUUUGACAAGUGCAAGUGUGCCAGAAAACUCAGCUAUUGGAACAACUGUACAAACUGUUGUGGCUACAGACCAAGAUAGUGGUGUUAAUAAGGAACUGGUGUAUGAUAUAACAAGUGGCAACACAGGCAACAAGUUUUACAUUGACCCAGUAAAUGGCUAUGUUGUUCUUCAGGACAAGCUGGACUAUGAGACAACUAACUUGUAUACUCUUGUCAUCACUGUUAAAGAUAAAGGUACCCCAUCACUAAGUGUGACUGGCACACUGACAGUGUCAGUGACAGAUGUCAAUGACAAGCCUCCAGUGUGUGCAUCAUCCCUGUACACAUCUACCAUAGCAGAAAAUUCUAUCAGCACAUCAGUGACUACAGUCUCAUGCACAGACACAGAAACCGUUGGAACUGUUUCCUACAGCAUUACAUCAGGUGAUACCAACAGCUACUUUACAAUAGAUACAGCAGGGGUUGUCUCAACAUCAGCUAGUGCUAACAUUGAUUAUGAAACAACUAGGUCUUAUGUUCUGGUCAUCACUGCAUCAGAUGGCAUUCAGUCAGCAAUUACUAGAGUUCAGGUUACAGUUACAGAUGUAAAUGAAGCUGACCCACAGUUUAGUCCAGCUGGUCCAUACACUGUGACAAUGUCUGAAUCCUCAUCAAUAGGAGACUCUGUUAAAACUCUUGCUACCACUGAUGCUGAUACUUAUGACUCUAUCAGAGUUUUUUCCAUCACUGCAGGAAAUUCUGCUGCCAAAUUUAUGAUAGAUGCAUCUUCUGGAUUGAUAAAGCUACAAGGAUUAUUGGAUCAUGAAACUACAAGCUCUUAUUCUCUAACUCUUAAAGUUGAAGAUUCAGGAGGGAGAUCAUCCACUACAACAUUAACUGUUAGUGUUGGUGAUGUAAAUGACAACAGUCCUGUGUGCAGUGACCAAACAGCAGCUGUCAGUGUAAAUGAGGGAGUUAGCUCAGGAAUAUUGUACACACCAACCUGUUCUGAUCUUGACACAGUGGCCACUCCUACUCUUCUCUACUCCAUGUCUACCAGUGAUUCAUCAAUAUCAAUAGAUACUAGCACAGGAAAACUAUCACUCAGUUCAGCUAUGGACUAUGAAACUCAAACAGUUCAUGACAUUGUGAUCAUUGUCAGUGACCAAGGGUCACCAGCAAAGACAACAACAAUCAGUGUAAGAGUAAAUGUCCAGCCUGUGAAUGAAUUUCCACCAGUGUUCACCUCCUCAGCCACCUAUGGACCCUACAGUAUUGCUGAGGACACAGCUCUUGGUACAUCAAUAGGCAAAGUCUCAGCCACUGAUUCAGACAUGGGCUUGAAACAAGGGACAGUCAUAUACAGCAUUGUUGCUGGAGACACACAACAACAAUUUGCUGUUGAUGAGUCCACUGGUGUUAUCGAGGUGGUCAGUUCACUGGACAGAGAGGCUAAAGCUACAUAUACCCUCACUCUAAGGGCAAAAGAUGAUGAAUCGGGUUCAGGAAAUGAAAAAAGUGCUGAUGCUACAGUGUAUUUAACAAUAACAGAUGUGAAUGACAACAGCCCCUUGUUUAACCCAUCUGUGUACACAAUAAAUGUUUUAGAGUCAGCUCCCUUUAGUCCAGCAGCUGUAUUGAAAACUUUAACAGUUCAUGAUGAUGAUGCAGGAACAAAUGCUGCCACAACUAUAACAAUAAUCUCAGGCAACAGUGAAAACAAGUUUUCCAUUUCUGGCAAUGAUGUAACAUUAGUUGACCAGCUGGACUAUGAAACAACAACUUCCUAUGAACUGAUUGUUCAAGUGGCUGAUGGUGGAAGCCCUUCUCUUAAAUCUACUGGACGUGUCUUGAUUAAUGUUCUGCCAGCUAAUGACCAGGCACCUCUAAUGACCACAGCAGAUGCAGUAAAAAAUAUCCCAGAAGACACUUCAGUUGGGACAUUAGUCUUUAAAGCUGUUGCAACUGAUCUAGAUGCAGGUGUGGAUGGUAUAAUCACUUACAGUAUAGCAAGUGGUGUGACUAACAAUGAGUUUGUUAUUGAUGCCAGCUCUGGCGAGGUCUUUGUUGGAUCCCAGCUGGACUAUGACACAACACCCAACACCUAUGCAAUGGUCAUCAGAGCUACAGAUGGUGCUGGGGCAUCUGCUGCUACAUCCACUGUGUCACUGAGCAUUGUGCUGACAGACAUCAAUGACCAUGUCCCACAGUUUAGUCUGACCAUGUUUAUUUUCAGCAUCAAGGAAAAUGUUGCCUCUGGCACAUCUGUUGGAAAAGUUGUUGCCACAGACAAAGAUUCUGGAGUAAAUGGGGCCAUCAGUUUUACCAAACUUGGAGGCAGUGGCCUGACUUACUUCAACAUUGACAGCUCUACUGGAGUGGUCUCUACUGCUGCUACCAUAGACUAUGAAGCUUUUAAGGUAUUUUUCCUGAGUGUGACAGCAACUGAUGGUGGGAGUCCAUCUUUUACAUCCACUGGUCUAGUGAAAAUCUUGGUGGAAAACAUGAAUGACAAUAAACCAAGCAUUGUGCCAGCAGACUUUGCUGUUAUCUUGUCAGAAAACAGUUUAGUUGGAGCCAGUGUACUGUCUUAUUAUGCUAGUGACAUUGACACUGCCAUUGGCAGCUUUAGUCUAGCAACAGCCAAUUCUUACUUUCAGGUGAAUUCAGCCAAUGGAGAUGUAACAACUAAGGCAACACUAGACAGAGAAACAUUAUCAAGCCAUGUGAUUUACAUCCAAGUCAUUGACCAAAGUACUUCAAGUGAUCCCAUUAUUCAAACGUCUACAGCUACCCUGACUAUUAUAGUUGAUGACAUAAAUGAUAACCCCCCUGUCAUCACUGGCACUUAUUCUGUCUCUGUCCUUGAAAACUCUGUCAUCAACACCUUGGUGCUGACCGUCACUGCCACUGACCUAGAUGCUAAUCAAAAUGGACAAUUGACCUACUCCAUCACAGCAGGCAAUACAGGCUCAGCUUUUAAAAUUGAUUCUACUGGAAGAGUUCAGGUAGCAGCUGCUUUAGACAGAGAAACCACAGCAACUUACACAAUAACAAUUCGUGUCAGUGACAAGGGGACACCAUCUCUGUCUGAUCAAAUAGAUGCUGUCAUUACAAUAACAGAUGUGAAUGAUAAUGACCCAGUAUUCUCCCUUGCUGCUUACACUUUUAAUGUGAAUGAAAACUCCAACACAGGCACAGCAGUUGGAACAGUCACAGCAACAGAUGCUGACUCAGGUGUUAAUGGAGCCUUGACCUACAGUUUUGACACCUUCACACUGGGAACAUCUUCUCAUUUUGCCAUCAGUGGCUCUACAGGAGCCAUAACUGUGACCACAGCUGCUUUAGAUAGGGAAACAAUGUCUACUUAUAGCAUUUCGGUCAAGGUGGUAGAUUCAGGGACACCACUGUCCAGAACAUCCUACACUGUUGUUACUGUCUACAUUGAUGACCUGAAUGAUAAUGCCCCCAUCUUCACCAAGACAUCUUACAGUGGUAGUGUUAAUGAGAACAGUGCCACAUCAACUUCUAUACUCAAGGUGUCAGCCACUGAUGCUGAUAUCAACACCAAUGCUGCCAUCACUUACAGCAUCAAUACAGUUCUGUUGGAUGGGGCUAAUGCUAACACUUAUCUUCAGAUUUCUUCAUCAACUGGUGUGAUCACACCAAAAACUUCCAUUGACUAUGAGACUAUACAAAAAAUAACAUGUGUCGUGGUAGCAACAGAUGGUGGGACCCCAUCUUUAACUGGGACAACAACUGUAACAAUAACAAUAUUAGACACCAAUGAUAAUAGCCCUGUCUUUAGUCCAACAUUUUACAACACUGAAGUAGCCUAUAGUGGUGACUGUGAGAGCACCAUCACAACAGUAACAGCCACAGAUGCUGACUCUGGCAAUAAUGGCUUGAUCUCUUACUCCCUACAGACCUCACUUUACAACUAUUUGUUUACUGUAAACUCAAGCACAGGUAAAGUGAGUCUGUCCAGUAUAGCUGAGGCAGACACCACUUACUCACUGGACAUUCAGGCCAGUGAUGCAGGAAAUCCUAUCAAAACAGCUACAUCACCUGCUAAAGUUAGGGUAGAUUCUUAUGUGCCAAAUAACCAUGUUGUUACUUUUAGGCUCAAGAUAAGCAGAGAAAGCUUCUUGGCUCAACUGAGCACAUUUCUGACCAACCUUCAGACUGUGGUCAGAAACACCUAUCCCACUGCCCUGGUGCGACUGACGUGUGUACAAGAAUAUGAUGGUGUGGCACAGCUUCCUCCCAGUGGAAGACGAAGGCUUUUGGCAACUCAGCCUGUAGAUGCCUUCUUGUAUGUGGUCAAAGAUGAUACUACCAACAACUUGAGCAACAUCAACACAGAAAAACAAUUUCUCACCCAAGAUGAAUUUUUAUCUCUGGUGGCUGCAAACCCUGAGGGGGACCCUGGCACUAGUAUACAAGGUACUGCAUGGAAUAAUUACAGAAUAGAAAGUGUAAAUCCUUACUACCAGGCCUCAGCGAGUUGGUGGGACACAGACUAUGGAAAGAUAAUUACAGCAAUUGCUUGUCUACUUGGAUUGUGUUUGCUUGGUCUCCUAAUUUACUUCAUUGCACGUUGCUGUUGCUAUGGGAGAUUUAGACCAGCAAAGAAGAACAAUAGAAAGCAUCGGAUCAUGGAAAUUGAACCUGUCAAAGAACCUCCAAAACGGCCAUUUGAAGCCUUUGGUUUUGAAUCUAAAAGAGCUCCUGAUGACUUUGGUGGUCAGCCUUACAGAGCUGCUUUCCCACCCAUGUUGAUUUCAGACCCUGCGCCUGCAGAUGACUUCAAGCCUCGGCUAACAACAUCUCAUCACACAGUUUCAAUACGCUCAUCUAAAACCCCUCGAUCACUGCUCAUUACAACAAAUGAGGAACUAUCACCUCCUAACGUAGUCAAUUACAGAGACUUUGAUGGCAGAGCAAUGGACCAUGUGACUGGUAAAAUGUAUGAAUACAACACAAAGACUAAUGAACGCAGGUGGAUCAAAUAAACAUCCUCAACACAGCUUACAUUAUACCCCAUUACCUGUGCAUCUAUCAUCAUAUUAUACUUCCUUGUUAUAUUAUAUGUUACCAACCUCAAUUAUUAUAACAUAUCUAAUGCUUUCCAGAAUUAAUUACAUCGAUUCUAUGUUUGAGUAAAACAAAAAAAAAUUGUAGAAAGAAAUUUAACAAUUCUUUUAUA